GGAGGGAGAGGAGGAGAAAGAGAGCGAGGGCGGGUGAGAGGCGGCGGCGGCAGCAGCAGCAGUAAUAGAAGGAGCAGCAACAGAAGGCGUCGGAGCGGGCGUCGGAGCUGCCCGCUGGGGGAAAGGUAGAGGAGACAGCGAGCGAGCGUGGAGAGGAGCCCGAGGCGAAAAAGUAACUGUCAAAUGCGCGGCUCCUUUAACCAGAGCGCUCAGUCCGGCUCCGAGAGUCAUGGCGACCGCAGCGUCUAACCAUUACAGCCUGCUCACCUCCAGCGCUUCCAUCGUGCACGCCGAGCCGCCGGGCGGCAUGCAGCAGGGCGCGGGGGGCUACCGCGAGGCGCAGAGCCUGGUGCAGGGGGACUACGGCGCGCUGCAGAGCAAUGGGCACCCGCUCAGCCACGCUCACCAGUGGAUCACCGCUCUGUCCCACGGCGGCGGUGGCGGGGGCGGUGGCGGCGGGGGCGGGGGCGGUGGCGGGGGCGGCGGAGGCGGCGACGGCUCCCCGUGGUCCACAAGCCCCUUGGGCCAGCCGGACAUCAAGCCCUCGGUUGUGGUCCAGCAGGGCGGCCGCGGGGACGAGCUGCACGGGCCAGGCGCCCUGCAGCAGCAGCAGCACCAGCAGCAACAGCAGCAGCAACAGCAGCAGCAACAACAACAACAGCAGCAACAACAGCAGCGGCCACCGCAUCUGGUGCACCACGCCGCCAACCACCACCCGGGGCCCGGGGCAUGGCGGAGUGCGGCGGCUGCGGCGCACCUCCCGCCCUCCAUGGGUGCGUCCAACGGUGGCUUGCUCUACUCCCAGCCCAGCUUCACCGUGAACGGCAUGCUGGGCGCCGGCGGGCAGCCGGCGGGGCUGCACCACCACGGCCUGCGGGACGCGCACGAGGAGCCGCACCACGCAGACCACCACCCGCACCCGCACUCACAUCCGCACCAGCAGCCGCCACCGCCGCCGCCCCCGCAGGGCCCGCCGGGCCACCCUGGCGCGCACCACGACCCGCACUCGGACGAGGACACGCCGACCUCGGAUGACCUGGAGCAGUUCGCCAAGCAGUUCAAGCAGCGGCGGAUCAAAUUGGGAUUUACCCAAGCAGACGUGGGGCUGGCGCUGGGCACCCUGUAUGGCAACGUGUUCUCGCAGACCACUAUCUGCAGGUUCGAGGCCCUGCAGCUGAGCUUCAAGAACAUGUGCAAGCUGAAGCCUUUGUUGAACAAGUGGUUGGAGGAGGCGGACUCGUCCUCGGGCAGCCCCACCAGCAUAGACAAGAUCGCAGCGCAGGGGCGCAAGCGGAAAAAGCGGACAUCCAUCGAGGUGAGCGUCAAGGGGGCUCUGGAGAGCCAUUUCCUCAAAUGCCCCAAGCCCUCGGCCCAGGAGAUCACCUCCCUCGCGGACAGCUUACAGCUGGAGAAGGAGGUGGUGAGAGUUUGGUUUUGUAACAGGAGACAGAAAGAGAAAAGGAUGACCCCUCCCGGAGGGACUCUGCCAGGCGCCGAGGAUGUGUACGGGGGGAGUAGGGACACACCACCACACCACGGGGUGCAGACGCCCGUCCAGUGAACUCGAGCGGGGGGAGGGGCAGAGCGUGAGGCUCCCCCUCCCCUUCGGUCCUCCGCCCUUUCCCGGCCCCCUUGUUCCCUCUCUAACUUCUGAUUGUUCUUUUAUUUUUAAUUAUUAUUUCCCCGUCCCUUAAAAAGAAAAAAAUAAGGAAAGCAACUAAGGCACUGGACUAUCCUUUAAACGGUAGCAGGUGUAAUGAUGUGUUUUGACCUUUACAGGCUAGUACCCAGGCAAUGGAGUGGAGUGUCUCAUAGAGUGAGGAGAGAAUGCAAGAGAGAGUGUGUGCGUGUGUGAGAGAGAGAAAGAGAGAGAGAGGGAGAACUGCGAUAAAUACUUGGCAAAACUAAAUAAAUUACCAAAAAAAAAUCCACCAAGCCGUGAUAAACACAAAACACAGCUUCCUAAUGCUCAGAGUUGGCACAUGCUGCUGUGUUUACUUAAUGGGAUCCCCAUCAGGAAAGAGGAAAAAAUACACACAUUCUUUGAUGUAGGCAAAAUCUAACCACAGAAAUUUGCACUGCAAGAAAAUUGAAGUUUACAUGAACAAAUUCAUGAACACAUUUUUUCCCUCCCGCCGUUAAUUUUGAAAUUGCCGGGAUAUGUGUUCUGUUUUGUUUCAUUCAGAGGAGAGGGUUGAAGCCAGCUCUUGGCCACUUUCCAUUUCUAACGUUCUUGUGUGGCCACUUGUUCUUCUCACUGUGUGUGAACUCCCGUUAUCUCCAGACCCCCUAUCCUCCCUCACAUUGGUGCAACUUUUAUCUGCUCCUUUUACCAAAGCAAAACGAUUGGCUUCAUACAAAAUAAUUAAUUCUCUGCUUUCAGGAAAUGUGCAUGGUCACCCUCUGUAACCAAGGUGAGAAUCCAGUUUGGAAUAUAAAAAUGAGAGUCAAGCACUGGUUUUUGUUACCAGGAACAAAGUAAACUUCAUUUUCAGGCAGUGUUUCUGGGGGAGCUUGCAGAGGGGAGAAAAAGAAAAAAAAUUGAUAAUGAGUAACCGAUUGCUUCAUUUUAUCAAGCGGGCCCAUUGUGAAAGAGCUCAGAGACUAUGUGGAGGUUAAAUAUAUUUUCAGAGUUGUCCAACAGAAAGAAAGUGGCAUUUUGAAGAAACCUAGGGAAAUAUAUGUCUUCAGACACCCCCUGUAUAGUUCUCUGCCUUCAAUUUUUAAUAACUUCACUUAGGAGGAAUUAUUUGUGCUGACAGCAGCAGUUAAACUUUGUUCCUGUAAUAGCUUCUUUAAGAAAAAAAAAUAUAAAGAAAAUGAUCUGGGAACUUAAUGGUGUAUGCCUAGACUGUGUUUCUUAGCACACAAAUACCCACAUACAUACAGAGAAUAUUUCCACUCUAGACUGGUUUUGUUUUCACUAGCUUAUUUGUUUAUCAAAUUAUAUUUAAGGUCCCACACCCUCUUCUCCAAUCAUUUAUUACAGAAAAUACCAGUUUGACCUGGACAGCUCUCCCCGCUUUCAUUAAGGAAGCCAAAUGAAAUGGGGAAAUACGCUAUUUUCAAUCCUUCCUGUUCUCCCUUUGUUAAUAGUUUUAAGUGCGUUUUUUGACCUUAUCUUGAUGGAAAAUGGUUAAUUCCCAUAACAAAAGAAUCUACUGGGAAAUGUAGGUGAAAAUACCUGUAACUGUAUUGAAAAUAAAUGCCAUUAAACUGUGAUCAGUUAAAAUACUUAAAAAUAAUCAGCACAAAAGGGCGCUAAAAGGGAAAACACUUUUUAUUAAUCUUAAAAGAUCGGGGCUUUUUCUGGUUAGAUAUUAGGUAAAUUUUUAUUUAAAAAAAUUAAAUCUCAACACCAUACAGUUAUGGUUCAGCAUCAGAUUAGCAUUGCACUCAGUAGUUAAGGUUUUAGGAACUAUGGUUUAUAUUGUCUUUUCAAACACCAGUGAUUGUUUCAUUUUCAAUGUUUUUGCAAGAUAAAUGAUGACUUCUAAUGGGCAUAUUUAUUUGCCUGUAUUUCAUUUCCCCCAAUGAAUGUCAUAAGGAGAUGGGCACGGAGCUGCUUGGGGUGCAUCACACUGCUUGUUCCUGAGGUGUGGGGACAGGCCUUUAGUGAAGCAAUCCAGAGCAGGGCAAAUAGCCAAGGGUAAGGGGAGGAAAUGAAUUUUCAGAUUAUUACCAAGUGGGUAAGGUUAGAAGCUGGAGUUCAGGGGAUGUGUCCAUAGCUCCUCUAACUCUCAGAGGUUUAUUAAAAUGAAAGUUACCACUGAACCUUACCACUAUGUAUAUAUGUUUAAUAUCUGUCUUUUGAAAUGCAGAAAUAGUUUAAAUGUUUCUUUGUUUAUUUUUCUUUUUUUUAAUGCUACCCAGGGAAAUAUUUUCAUAUCAUUUUUAAGUGGCCUGCCUCAAUGUAUAUUUAUUUCUUUUAAAGCAAAAAGGUUCUGGAAAUUGUUUUUCUGUAGCUUUAAAUGAGUAGGUGAGCAAAAUCUAUAUGGGAUGUAAUUUUUUUGUUCAGUCUCUUUAAAAAUACUUUGUUUUGGUACAUUUGGUUGUGCUUGUGGGGAAAAUAAAAACACAGAGAUCCUUAUAUAUUUAUGUUAAAGUAAUAUUUUAUUAUCUACAUAAAACAGAAAUGCACAAUACCUUCAUAGUUUGUUCUAAUUAUUGAAAUAUCUUUAUUUUAUUUUAAAGUAGUGCCAAGUUUUGAGAGGGGAAAACCCUAGACCUUACACUGACUGAGUUGAGUUGUAUGUAAAGUACUUCCCUUCCUUUAUACUUCAUGAAGUUUUGGAAUAAAUUUUAUGCAUAUACUGCUAGGUUUCACACUGAUAACUUUCAGAGGCUUUUUUAAAGAAGUGAGACUACUGUUCUGAUUCACUUUUAUUUGGAAAAAAAAAUCAAUCCCAAACCAUUCAGCUAGUAUGCCUAAAGAAUUAAAUUGAAAUGGUCAUUGGGUUUGAGCUUCAAUUUGUUUGCCAUUUCAUGGUCUGACAAAGAGAUGUUUGUGCCUCUAAACACAUGCAGAUAUCGCUGCAUCUUCUUUCCAGGUUAGCUGUACCUUACCCGAUUUCACUUUUUUGGAGAAUGUCAAUGGAACUAGAUGGACUUUAAUCUUUACCCACAUCUCCUCACAUAAUUUGGGGUCUACAGAAAAGCAAGACUUAGUUAAGGAAAUUAAUCUUUUUAGUGAUUUACAAAUAUCUUUCAACAAAGAAAAGCUCUGACAAUAUGCAAUGUGUGUGUUUAUCAAGUGGUUGAGGUAGGUCCUAUAUGUUAUUCCUGUUAGGUUUACAGGAAAAGGUGGAUUUUGCAAUGGAUUAUACAAUACUGUCUGUUUCUCAUCAGGCAAGCAAACAGCCUCUAAAGCAAGAAAAGAAAUGUACUAAGAACUCAAGACUGUGGUGCGAAUAACAGAUUGUUUCUGAUAGAGAUGAGCAUUAUCAAAAUCAGUUUUAAGGUCAGUGAGAAAUCCAAACAGUGUUGGGUUAGUUUACAAGUUUGCUGAUGUACUUAAAGUCCUCCUUGGAACAUUGAUUUUAGUAUAAAUGUUUAUUUUGAAAGGUAGUUUUUGGGCUUAUUACACCUGAUCAUCUUUUCUAACUCCUAGUCAAUAUUACACAGGUCCCAAACAGAUUCAGCCAAAUGAUCUUAUCAAUAGCCUGAACUUGAAGUGACAGAAAGAAGAAGUGUUUUGUGACCGCAGACAUGCUGAUAGGUAAAAUGUUUAAGCUGGGUAUAGAUUUGAGUUCUGGGUCAAUAACCUCCUCCAUUGUAGGCAGAAAACAAGCAGCAUCUGCCCUCUGCAGGGCAUUUUAGUGGACCUUGAGAAGGCGUUUUUGUUCUUAGCCACAGGGGCUACUGACUGGAAACCAUCACGUGUUAAAUGGACGCACCAUGGUUUUGACCCAUGCUUGCUGUUCAGUUCUAAUGCUACUCAGGCAGUUUCCGUGCCAUUUGGGGGGAUGUAUUACAUGCCAAGGUGAAAAACUCCAUCGCUGCCACUGGAAGAAAUUUGUGGGAAGUCAUCCCUAAAAUGUGGGCUAGACACAAUGACAUACUCUUUCUUUUCCCUAAAGACAAUAAUGCAGAAGACAGCCAUCCUGAAAGAGCUUCUGUGUUUCCUCAAAAUAUGUCACUUUUAAAAUUUAUGGUUUGAGAUGAGGGAGAAAAGAUCGUGUGGGAGAGUUAUGCGAAGGUCAGAUGAAGGGAAUGGCCACAAAUAAUAUUAUGCUUGGCACCUCUAAACACCCUCUGUUCCCACGAAGUUACCCCCUUUACAUUUCAGAUGCAGCAACAAAAGCACUCCUCUCCUUGCCCUCCUGCUCCUGCCAGUGGGAGCCACACACUGGCUGGCAAAUGUUUUCUGGUAAAAUGGCUUUAAUAAAGACACUCAUCUUUCUACUUUUUUUCUCCAAAGGCAACUAAUAAAGUGAUGCAUCAAUGACAAUGGGGGGAAUGGCAUAUGAGUGCACUGGUUACCUGCACAAGUAGGUCUAUAUGUUGCAUUAAUUUGCCUUUCAUUUGCCUUACUUUGGAAGCAGCUCAGGAGUGCUGGGCUGCUGGGUGAGAGAAAUUAUCUUUUUAUCACUGGUCUCUGUGAUUUGUCUUUGUUGAUUUUUCAAUCAGUUUGUACAACUCUGUUCUAGAUUCUAUUGAAUUCCUAGACAAGUUAAAGAAUGAGGUAAAGAAUGGAGCUUGUACUGAAAAAGUAAGAAGGAUGGUGAAGUGAGGGUCAAAGGUAAAAGUGUUUCUUUGGGUCUGCUUGUAUAUUUCAGUGAGGCAAAAGGGACAGUGUCCAUUUAAAAUAAAAGAAAAUGAUGCAUCUUUAAGUACUGGAAAUGAAACUUGACAAUAAGACUAAGUGAGAUGUAUGGUUAAAUUUUAUACAAACGUUUUCCCUUUUCAGGAAAGUUUACUUUUUUCAGUGACAUAUAAUCUAUUAACAGGGGGCAGUUGGUAGUAGGAGAGACCCAGGGCUGCUGGUUCCUAUCCCCACCACUUGGUUCAGGAUAGGAAAUAAUUCCAAACUGGCAGGUAGCAAAACAGAAUAAACUUGUCCACCUUUGUAGAACUUGGGUCAGAGUUAUUUCAAUGCCCUCUUAUCUAGAUAUGGGUACAGGAGUGCCAGAAAAUGGCUUUUGUAAUUUUCUUUAAGGCUUUGCUUAGUUAUGGAGAUAAAGAAACAAUCAGAAUAUUUUCACAUUGUUCUUGUAUUUGGUGGGAAGCUAGUAAAUUUGUUCCUUUUUUUUAAAGAAAAAAGUUAAUUAACUUUAUCUGUAGUACUUCCCUUUACCCUAAUAACAACUCUGCUUGGCUUAGCCGUUAGAGGUUUUAGAAACAAUAUCAUACCCCAUCAAAACCACCCUGGCCUCCCUUAU